ACGAUAGGAACUCAUCGUAGGCUGAAGGUUUUUCUAAUUAAUUUCGGCAGUAAAAAUGUUCUAAAGUUUAGUAAAAAUAGUUUCGCUCGUGCUAUUGAGUCGUUCUUUACAAGAAGCAAGUGAAAAUUCAUUGGAACGAAGCUCGAAAGAUUCUGAAAUUGUCUUGAAAAAUACUGCUUCCACAUUACAUAGCUGAAGAAUCACACAAGCUCACGCACCCGAUAGAUUUCAGUUAAUUGGCUAAGAUGAGAAGCCGCAGUAAUUCCGGUGUCCGGCUGGACUACUACCAAAGGAUCGUGCACCGCCUAAUCAUGUCUCAUCAGCAACCUGUAACGGGGUUGUUUCCGGCCAGCCCAGAAAAUCCGCAUGCUUGGGUUCGAGAUAACGUUUAUUGUAUUUUGGCCGUUUGGGGCUUGUCAAUGGCUUAUAAGAAAAUAGCCGAUCAAGACGAGGAUCGUGCGAAGGCGUACGAACUGGAGCAGUGCUGCGUUAAGCUUAUGCGCGGUUUGCUUAUGGCCAUGAUGAACCAAAAGGAUAAAGUAGAACGAUUUAAAAUAUCUCAAAACCCACUGGAUUCGCUGCAUGCAAAAUAUUCAAGCAAAAAUGGUCAACCUGUGGUUGGGGAUGGCGAGUGGGGUCACUUGCAAAUUGAUGCUAUUUCGCUGUACUUACUGAUUUUAGCACAAAUGACUGCUUCAGGACUACAGAUCGUGUUCUCGCUGGACGAGGUAUCCUUUAUACAGAAUCUGGUAUUUUACAUCGAAUCCGCCUAUUGCAUACCGGACUACGGAAUCUGGGAACGAGGGGACAAAUCAAAUCACGGUCAAACUGAGCUGAAUGCUAGUUCGAUUGGAAUGGCGAAAGCUGCAUUGGAGGCUAUGAAUGAGCUAGAUUUGUUUGGCGCUCGUGGGGGCUCAGGCAGUGUCAUCCACGUUUUGGCAGAUGAGGCUCACAAAUGCCAAGCCGUGUUGCAGUCAAUGCUGCCAAGGGAAUCAAAUAGUAAGGAACUGGAUGCUGGAUUGCUUUCCGUAAUCGGUUUUCCAGCUUUCGCUUGUGACGAUCCGCAACUGAUCGAAGCCACCCAAGAGGCUAUCGUAAAUCGUCUCCAAGGACGAUACGGCUGCAAGCGAUUUCUCCGUGAUGGUUACAAAACUCCCAAUGAGGACGUUACAAGGCUCUACUACGAACCCUGGGAGCUGCGCAUGUUUGAGAAUAUUGAGAGCGAGUGGCCUUUGUUCUUUUGCUAUCUAAUCUUGAAUAAGGCCUUUCAAAACGAUAAGGACUCUGUUAAAGAUUAUUCCAGCAAGUUGGAGGAAAUUUUAGUUAAAACCGAGGAAGGAAUGCGGCUGGUUCCGGAAUUGUACGCUGUCCCAGCCAACGUUGUAAGCUCCGAAUAUCAAUGUCCUGGCUCACAGCAGCGGAUUGUGGUCGGCCGUUGUCCGUUCUUAUGGGGUCAAUCACUAUAUAUUCUCGGAAAGCUGCUACAGGAAGGCUUUCUAGCAGUUGGUGAACUUGACCCGCUGAAUCGUCGCUUGGGAGCGCAAAAGAAGCCCGACGUAGUUGUGCAAGUAGUUAUCUUGGCAGAAGACAACGACAUUCGUGACAAACUUGCAGAGCACGGCAUUCACGUUCAGACAAUCGCAGAUGUAGCUCCGAUUGAGGUUCAACCGGCCCGUGUUCUCAGCCAUUUGUACACUUACCUGGGUCGAAACAAAAAACUUGGCCUUAGUGGUCGCAAAUCCCGUGAUGUCGGUAUUCUCAGUACCAGCAAGCUGUACUCGUUGAAGGAUCGCAUUUUUGCUUUUACACCUCAGUUUUCCGACGUAAACCGGUUCUACAUCGCAUCGGACAAUGAACUGAUGAUAGAUCUGCUGAAGGGAGAGAUUAAUUUUCUCAAAUCGGCCUGGCAGAACCUGCUUGGACGGCCGCUGCUAACGUUGGUGCUGAAAACCGUACAUCUAGAUAACAAUAAAGUCCCUCUGGCAAUGAUGCAAACGAUGAAGAAGCUUAAAUCCGGUUAUAUUAACGGUACCCGGGUGAUUCUGGGAAAUUUGGGAGAUUUUAUCAAUACUUCAGCCAUUACGGACCUGAGUUUCCUUGGUAGCCAAGAAGAUGGAUAUCCCGACAAACUCAACCCAUCGGUGCAAUCCUAUCUGGAGGAACAUCUACUUAGGUCCUUCAGUCAUCGCGCUUCAACCACUUCAAUACGAUCUUCUGGAUUGCGCCCGAGAAAUUUACGCCGCCGAAUGUCGGUUAAGGGCGCCAUCAAGAAGACACGCUCCAUCAAUGUGGACUCGGAAACCCUCGGUAUGGAGGGCAGCGUAACCGAGCGUCGUUUGUCUCAUUCGAUUACUCCCCAGUGGUUAGAGCCGAACCAGGAUGGAAACGUGCAGAUUUCAAGAGAUCCUUCGCCGAACCAACCUAGCCGCUUUGGAGAGCAACGGGUUUCGAUUGACGAGGGCAAGAAGUUGCACAUUCAAACAUCGGCCACUACUGCCAGUAAUUUUUCUUUUUGUUUUUUUUUUUUCGUACGGUCCUGGUCUAAUAGCAGUUCUCUUUCAGCCCCGAAGAUUCAGGUUCAGCCUCUGCCGAGACAUCGUCCGACGACGGAAACAAAUUUUGAGAACACUGAAGUGGAAGAGCUUAUUGCAAUGCUGCGGGAGACAGAAAGUCUUGAAGAACAGGGCGAUAUUUUGCAGCAUUUGGUAGAUACACAGGGAUUGGACUUCAAUACAGGCAUGCUGGAGGAAGGUCGCGUCGUUACCGUUCGUGGGCUUCUUAAGGGUCUCUACGAGAAGGCUUGUCAACAGAAGAUGUGGGGUCUUGUGCGUCACACAGCCGGAAUGUUGGGCAAGAGAGUCGAAGAUCUAGCCAAGGCCGUCACCGAUUUGCUGGUCCGUCAGAAACAGGUCACUGUUGGUAUGCCUCCGAACAGCGAAUACACUAUUACUGCUCCACUGCCGGAGGCUGAAUUGCGAACUUUGAUUCACGAAGCGUACGGAGACGAUGAAAGUACGGCCAUGUUAACACAGGAGCUGCUCGUCUAUUUGGCUAUGUUCAUACGCACAGAACCGCAACUCUUCCAUGAGAUGCUUAGACUUCGUGUUGGUCUCAUCAUACAGGUUAUGGCAAAGGAACUAUCGCGUACUCUCAAUUGCGAUGGAGAACAGGCGUCCGAACAUUUGCUGAAUUUGUCUCCAUUCGAGAUGAAGAAUCUACUACAUCAUAUUCUCAGCGGAAAGGAAUUCGCGGUUAACAGUGUUGCCAGAGGAAAUAUUUCUAUUGUAAGCUGCAAGUCCAGCCGCGUCAGUAAGAAGAGUCAGAUUGGACUCGGCAAGGAAGGCGAUGAAGCUGAAGCCACCGUGAUCGAUGAUCGUCAGGGUCAAUGGUUGAGACGUCGCCGGCUAGAUGGUGCUUUGAACCGUGUUCCUAGGGAUUUUUAUCCCAGGGUUUGGACAGUGCUGGAGCGCUGUCAGGGACUAGCUAUUGAAGGGCGCGUUCUACCACAAAGCUUAACACAAGAAAUGACUCCCAAUGAACUAAAGUUUGCACUGGAAGUUGAAACCGCUCUCAAUACUAUCCCGCAGCCCGAAUAUCGUCAGCUGGUAGUGGAAGCGUUGAUGGUACUAACUCUUGUAACCGAGCACAACAUUAUUGCAUCGUUGGGCGACAUAAUAUACGUGGAACAUUUGGUUCACAAAGCGAACCAACUGUUUCUUGAAGACCAGCGAAAAAUCCAAGGCGAUGCCAUGCUUUGCUGUGCAAAAAAUAAAGAUAUCCGUGAGACUACAACGGCUGGACUGUUGCUCUGCGGAGGGGCCGCUUACAUCUGCCAGCAUCUGUACGAUAGUGCGCCUAGUGGAAGCUUCGGAACCAUGACUUACAUCGCACGGGCUGUUGCUUCGGUGCUGGAAGACCUACCCAAGCAUGGCGAUAUGGAUUGUACGAUCUGCUAAGCCAACUCUGUUCGACAUUAAGGGAGCUCUAGCUCUUCUAUUCAACAUCCUAAAAUGUGCUUAAAACUAUCUGAAUGUUACAAACACCAGUUGCUACGGAAGGUAGGGUUUUUUUUUCUAGUUUUAGAAUAUGAAAAUGAGAAUGAAAUGACUUACGGUUUAACGAGGAGUAAAAAGCUACCCGUCGGAUACGAGACAAGUCACAUGACAGAGAAGGAUUCAUCGUUUUUGCCGAGAAAUAAAUAUAGGUAGGUUAGUGCGUUGAUGUUUCCUUUCUUAUUCGAUUGUGAAUCUUUAUCUAUUUUGCGUUUUUGUAUAAGUAUUUUGCAAGCCUCUGAAUAAAGUAAAAACGGCAUCACGUCUCCACCAAUUCACAUACAAAUGGUUUAUGACCCCUACCCGAGUUAGCAAUCGUCGUGAGUAAACAGUUACACUAUUAUUGUAUUAACAUACGAGCAAUACUUCAUAUAGCAGGAAAAUAGUUUCAAAGAGAAUAGCAU